AGUCGAAGACGUUAGUGAUAAUUUUUUCACACUUGACUUCCUAUUUUCACCGUUUUUAUCGUUCCUAAUUCUAUAGAGACAUUGCAUUAUCAUUGUAAUCGCAUUGAACUGAAAGCGCAUCGUAAUUUAUCUCUCAUUUUUCCACCAGCAAUUCUAAACAAGUAUUACUAACAGCAGCAUUAUUUAUAUGAGUUUGUAAGGUUGGAAGAUUUUCUGUUGCCAACUUCAAAGUAAUCAACAACCGACGCGCGCCAAUACUCGGCAUACUGUGCAUUACUUUUCUAUUACUCGCUCCAAAUUUUGUUUCUGUGCUAUGACUACUAUAAAAACUGAAAAACACUAUUGACCGUUUGCAUCAACAACACAAGACAAUUUCCCUCGGGAAAAUUCCUCAUUAUCAGUGGAAUCGAGUGUAACUCGGACAACUAUAACCUGCAAACAUGAAUUUAUCAGUGACUUGUUUAAAUUCUUUAACAUGGACUGGAGAGAGCACCAGAUUGCGUGAUCUAAUUUGAAAAUAAAUGUGGCAAGAUUGAGGGAUCACCGGUCAUAAUUAUCAGGUGAUGCAAGUUUUUGAAAUAUAAAAAGAGGACCUGAUUAAUGACAAUAGAUGAUAGAAAGGUGGACGGAGAGAGAUAUAAAACAUCCAAGUCGAAUCAGUGUUACCAAACAGCAAGGAAUUUAGUGCACAGUUGCAGCUCGAAAACAAGAGAGAGAGGAAGAGAUAGAGCACAAGGCGAUUGUCAACAGUUCCAUUGGAUCAAAUACGAUACUAUAGCAUAGGAGUUGGUGAUGUAGUACAUGCUGUAGGAGUUCAGCACCCGCGUAGCGGAAAAAGUCGAAACAAUAUUGUGGGUUAGGGGACAGCCGCGGUGAGUGUCCAUGGUUGCGUUUAUUGUAGAAAAAGUCGCGCGCGGACUUUUCACGCUCUGAAAAAUAUCGCAGUGGCAAAGAGGUAAUAGAACCUGAUAAAAGCCAUGUUUAUGAUAUAAAGUGUGUAUAUUUCAAGGAUUCACUUGUGCUUUGAAUAGCAAUAUUUUUCAUAUCCUCUCAAGUGACUAACAGGAAGAAACGAAUAUCACCAGCUAGCUCGAAACGCCGGGAGGUUAGUCCGACUUACAAAGGGAGACUAUCUAGAUGGUAUACUUCAAGUUCGUGUGUAUAAAGUGACAAGACUUAGUGUAGGUUUUUCAACAAGACCAUCUCAUCACGAGUGUUUAUCAUCCCAACAUUGGAUUUGAAAAACUUUAUUUGUGGUCACAUCAACUUAUGACGCAGCCAUAGAAUAAAUAUUUCAUAUAAAUAGAUAGAUAGAUUGGGAUACAUAUAUAUAUAUAUAUACAUAUACAUAUAAAUAGAUAGGUUUCUGUAGAUUUGGUGUCUUUUAACAAUUAACGAAUAGUAAAAAUAUAAAAUAUUUGAGGGGAGAUUACGAAUUUUAAUCGGGGACUUUAGAUAUUCAGACUUGAGAGUAAUUUGCUCAUAGGGUAAUACGGUGGGCAUGAAAAAAUGAUGUGAUCGACGGUCAUCAUGGCGGCACCCAUGUUAAAGUGGAAACGAAUCACAAAUCCAACCGGACCCCAGCCAAGGCCCCGACAUGGACAUCGGGCUGUUGCCAUCAAGGAUCUUAUGGUUGUAUUUGGUGGUGGCAAUGAGGGAAUAGUUGAUGAACUUCAUGUUUACAAUACAGCGUCCAAUCAAUGGUUUGUACCAUCAACCAAAGGCGACAUUCCCCCAGGAUGCGCCGCCUACGGUUUCGUAGUAGAUGGAACGAGAAUUCUCGUAUUCGGUGGGAUGGUAGAGUACGGAAAGUACUCGAAUGAAUUGUACGAACUUCAAGCGAGUAGGUGGGAAUGGAAAAGGCUGAAACCAAAGCCACCGAAAAAUGGUCAGCCACCAUGCCCAAGACUGGGGCACAGUUUCACACUAAUUGGCAACAAAGUCUUCUUGUUUGGAGGCUUGGCCAACGACAGUGAUGAUCCCAAGAACAAUAUCCCACGAUAUUUGAACGAUCUGUACACUUUGGAGCUACUUCCCAAUGGCCAAACUGGAUGGGAAGUGCCACAGACACAUGGACCUGCUCCACCACCCCGGGAAUCUCAUACAGGAGUCGCUUAUACUGAUCGCACCACUGGUAAAUCAUGCCUUGUUAUCUACGGUGGUAUGAGUGGAUGUCGUCUCGGGGAUUUGUGGUUCCUUGACGUUGAUUCUAUGACAUGGAACAAGCCUGUGAUACAUGGGCCAACUCCUCUACCCCGUUCUCUGCACACAGCCACACUUAUUAACCACCGGAUGUAUGUUUUUGGUGGAUGGGUGCCUCUUGUUGUGGACGACGUCAAGGUUGCAACGCACGAGAAAGAGUGGAAAUGUACAAGCACACUUGCCUGUCUCAAUUUGGAGACACUGACAUGGGAACAACUCCAAGUAGAUUCUUUAGAGGAGAACAUUCCUCGAGCCCGUGCUGGUCAUUGUGCGGUAGGCAUUCACAAUAGGCUGUAUGUAUGGUCUGGACGAGAUGGUUAUCGCAAAGCAUGGAACAACCAGGUUAGGGUGUGCUGUAAGGACCUCUGGUAUUUGGAAGUGAGCAAGCCCCCAGCACCUUCAAGAGUGCAGUUGGUCAGAGCUUCGACAAACUCGCUGGAAGUCAGUUGGACAGCGACUCCCUCCGCCCAGUACUACGUCCUCCAAAUUCAGAAGUACGAUAUGCCACCGGCAACAAGCUCCUUCCCAGCAGUUGCAGCUCCCAACUCUAUAGCUUCACCAACACCUCCAACACCACCAAUAUCAACAGUACCAAUACCAACCCCAACAACUCUAAUAAAGCAAAUUGCAACGGCUCCAGUUUCAAUAGUUCAAUCAUCUCCUAGCGUACCUGCACCGAUAGUUGUAUCGAGUGCAGUUGGAAUGAGCCUUUCUCCAAUGAGUGCUACCCCAACUGUUGUACGCCCGAGUGUCCCCCAGAGUCCCAUGCGGAUCCAAACGACCAUCCAGAAUGCCGCCCAAAGAGCAAUAUCAACAUCAGCAGUGAUCAAAUCCACCAGUCCAAUGCUACCACGUAGUGGCACUGGGAAUGUCAUCAGGAUACGCUCCCCUCUCAUUACUUCAACAACAUCAGUUGCCUCAGUAACUGAACAAAUUUCUGCAGGUAACCAAGCAAUAACUGUCAACAAAACUGGUCAAUCGGCGACAGCUAUGUCUGGAAUUGCUGCAUUGGCAGCAGCUGCAGCUGCAACUCCAAAAAUCACAAUGAACAAUGUGCCGAGCGGUAAUGUUGUCACGCAAACAGCCACCAACACCGUCCGCGUCAAGGCCGUCCAACCCGGACAGCAAAUUCGGUUUGCAACUCCAGGUGCUACUGUCCUCCGGGCCUCAUCCCCACAGCAGAGCAAACAGAUAAUUCUCCAGAAGCCUGGCCAGAAUAUAAGUGGUCAGCCUCAGAUUGUCCACGUACUCAAGACAGGCCAGGGUAUGGUGGCUGUACCGAAAGUUAGUUUGAUACCAGGUAAAACAGUACAGACAGCUGGUGGAAAACCUCUGAAUCAAGGACCGACGAUUUUACGACUUGUCAAUCCCAAUACAGUGGCAGGCUCGAAGAUUCUCACGACUAUGAAAACUUCGAAUUUAGUGACGAUGAGCAAGGGACAGGGAAUCGCUGGAAAGCAAACAAUUAUGAUAACAAAACCAGGGGGCAAUGGGGGUCUAGUUGGUAGGGCGAAUCAAAUAAUCGUUGUGACAACGGGAUCUGGCUUGAGGGCAGUGCAGGCUGUGACGACUUCUCAGGCUGGACAAGGAGGAACAAUAACAACACCAGUCAAUGUUCUUCCAAUAUCAGCUGCUAAUCACGUAACUAAUCAGCAGGGUGUCAAAAUGAUUGUUGUGUCGUCAGGGGCUAUGGGUGGAGGUGUGAGUGGUAAACCAAUAACGAUAACGGUACCAGGACAUGGUGGUAUCCCCAAAACAGUUACAAUAGCGACGAAGGGAAGCCAGCAGGCUAUUUUUAAUCCAUCGAAAAGCCAGAUUGUCACUGUGCCGCAAAUACAGAAAGCCCAGGACGGAAAACCACUGACACUCCAGAUGGCUGGGGGACUUGGAAAGACUGUGACUCUCAUGCCCACAAGCAGUUCCAUUGUGACAAUGACUAGUACGUCUGGAUCGGAAUCGAUUGACACUAGCAAAAUGCUUUUUGUACCUCAAAAACAGCCCUCGGCUUCUCUAACAUCAACUUCCGAUGGACCAGCCACGACAGAUGCAGCACUAGCUGCUCUUGCAGCAGAAGCGGGGCUCACUGAUCCUGUUCAGGAAUCACCGGAACUUAAUUUCAUGGUGGCUGAUGAUGCUGACGCCGAGACUAAAACUGAGGACAGUUGUAAUGGCAAUGAACAGAGCACGGCGAACCUUGUAUCACAGUUGACAAGUGGUGAAGCUAUGCAAGUUGAUAAUGAUGGCAAUUUUAUCAUACCCCAGGUGGAUGGUCCAGGAGAUAUGCUAUCUGAUGAUGAGGAUCUACCGGAGAGUGAAACUGAUGGUAUUCAACAUACUGCUGACACGAGUGAAUACACAAACGAAGAGAGUCAGGAUAUGUCUGAUGUCAUUGAUUCUGCCAUAGUCAACGAUGCUCCUCAGGUGGAUGAGGAUGCCGUGAAGAAUGAGGAGGAAAAGGGAGGCGAACAAGAAAUGCAGGAAGAGGAGAAGACAGUUAGUGAGGAUCAGCAGUCGACAAAGAUAGACGAGGUGGAGAAAGAGACAAGUGCUCCUGAGGAAAUCUCCAGUGAGAAAGACGAAUCUAAUCUCCCUGCUGAGACUGAUAUGUCUAUUGCCUCUGAUACUGCUGAUGAAGAUCCUGCUAAAGUCGAUCCACCAGAAGCAGAGACUGCUGACUCCACCAUCAAUGAAGAAAAUUCUCAAGAUAAGCCGAAAACAGAGGCUGAGGAGAAUACCACCGAAACACUGAAUAAUGAGGAUGGACAACCGGAAAUUGACGAACCCCUAAGAAUAUCCGAAGAAAAGGAAUUGAAGAAAGAAGAAAAUGAGAGUUCAGAGAAUCAGAUGGAAUUAGAAAAGCUCGCAAGUGAAAUUGACGAGCAAGAGUCAAGUAAAGAUGAAUCAUCAAUGAAACUCGGGAUUGAAGACUCGAUAGGAAAAGACUCAUCUCCGAAAGCAGUGGAAACCCCCAUAAAAACGGAGUCACAAGUGGAGUCAAUGGAUGACGAGAAAGGAUCUGUCAUAUCAACUAAUGAGCCAGAAGUCACGGAGGGCCAAUUAGAUAGUGAGAAGGCUGAAAGUAAAGCAAUAAAAUACGAGAUAAAAGCGGAGAAAGCGGAGAACGUUGAGAGUAAAAAUGAGGUGCAGAAGGAGUCGAGGGAGAGCGAUGACUCGACUGCUUUGUCGACACUUGCCUCAGCAGCUCUUGGCUCUGCUGAACAGCCUGUCAAUAAAAUGAAAGCCGCAGACGAUGAGAAGAAGCAGGACAGUGACUGGUACAAUGUUGCUGUGACGAAAGCAACGACAUUUACAGUGCAACAUUAUUAUCUCUGUGGUGAUACAGAUUCUCUAGAGUUGCCCCAACUUUUCCCGGAUUUAUCCAAAGGGAGGAGUAAAAUAACUCUAGAGUCUGGCACUGCCUAUAAGUUCCGAGUUGCUGCGGUGAAUAGCUGCGGUCGUAGUCCUUGGAGUGAGGUAUCAGCAUUCAAAACAUGCCUUCCAGGUUUUCCUGGGGCACCGAGUGCCAUCAAAAUUUCGAAAUCAGCGGAAGGCGCUCAAUUGUCAUGGGAACCACCACCGAGCAAUCUUGGUCCAAUUCUUGAGUACUCUGUUUAUCUUGCGGUUAGAAGUGCCAGUGCUGUAUCUAACAACGCCGGUGAAGCAACAACUGUAGCAACAACACCAACACAAUUGGCCUUUAUUCGUGUCUACUGUGGUGCCACCAACUCGUGUUCCGUUCCAAACAGUUCGCUGAGUGCAGCACACAUGGACGUCACCACCAAACCCGCUAUUAUAUUCAGAAUAGCUGCAAGAAAUGAUAAAGGAUAUGGACCUGCUACUCAAGUCAGGUGGCUUCAAGAUCCAACAACAGUAGUGAAAAGUAAUCCACAAGUAAAGAGACCAGUAACAGAUGUCCGUUCACAAUCAAAUUCACCAUUGAAGAAAGUGAAACCAGAACCAACGAGUGAUAAUUUUUCGUGAAUGUGCAUCACAAUCAUCACUGCAGGUUACCACCUGAAUUACCGAGAGAAAAAAUUCAUAAGCUUACCUCCCUCUUUUCCGUUCGGUUCUUUUAUUCUGGCUGAUACGCACGUCUUGUCGAUCUUUAGUGUUUAUUAUUAUUAUCAUUAUCAUUAUUACUAUUCUUAUUGCUAUUAUUAAAUAAACUAAACCAUGUUCAUUGGUGAGUUGAAAGGAAUGAGGUAUGUGUGGGUAAAGUAAAACAGAUGAACACUUGCUGCCAAUUACGGAAGGUACAUCCACUGAAAUUUCAGAUUAUGUAUCCCCAUAGAUAUCUAUCUCUUCGGAACGCACGUUUUUACCAGAAAAAAAGGAAGGAAGGGAUAUCGAGGUACUCUUAGUGUUGGAAUUUGAAAAUGGCGCAGAUGCCUUUUUGUUUUGUCCGUUGUCACUUUCUUUCAUACGAGUAUUCAUGUAUAAAUUUCAAUAAUCAUUCAACAAGGGAA